UUGCUAAACCGGAAUUGAUGCGGGAUUAUGGUCAAAUUGGCUGAUAGCGGCAAACAUACCGCCAUGCCAGCUCGUAAGACUUCCCGCUUGAAGCCAAACGAUAAGGACAAAUAUUCGGUGUUAUUGCCCACCUAUAACGAAAGGGAAAAUCUCCCUUUGAUUGUGUGGCUUUUGGUGAAAUAUUUCGAUGAAAGUGGUUACGAUUACGAGGUUAUCGUCAUUGACGACGGAAGCCCCGAUGGGACAUUGGAAGUGGCCAAACAACUCCAAACGAUAUAUGGAGUGGACAAAAUUCUUCUACGGCCACGAGCAACGAAGUUAGGCCUGGGCACCGCUUACAUCCACGGCAUGAAACACGCCACAGGAAAUUUCAUCUUCAUCAUGGAUGCUGAUCUAUCUCAUCAUCCCAAAUUCAUCCCAGAAUUUAUUAAGAAGCAGAAGGAAGGCAAUUAUGAUUUGGUGUCAGGCACCCGCUACCGAGGCAAUGGUGGCGUCUACGGGUGGGACCUGCGUAGGAAACUCAUCAGUCGGGGUGCCAAUUUUCUGACUCAAGUGUUGUUGCGGCCUGGUGCUUCAGACCUAACAGGAAGUUUCAGACUGUACAAGAAGAAAAUCCUUGAGAGUCUGGUUGAGCGUUGCGUGUCCAAAGGUUACGUCUUUCAAAUGGAAAUGGUUGUCCGAGCCAGGCAGCUCAACUACACUAUUGGAGAGGUUCCCAUUUCCUUCGUGGAUCGAGUCUAUGGCGAGUCCAAACUGGGAGGGAACGAGAUUGUAUCAUUUGUGAAAGGCCUGCUCACACUAUUUGUCACGACAUGAUUACGCCACAUACGGCGUGCUGUAAAUACAUGGCCAGUGAGAGAUGUAAAUUGAGGACUUCUGACAAAUAUAACCGGACCCUGAUGUGGGGGGGCGGGGGGGCACACCUUUGUUUUAAGCAAAUGAUGAGAGUACACCCUCCUGUUAGAAGUACAUGGAGUGUCGUAGUAAUGGAGACCAUUGAUGUGUAUUACCCUUCUCGUCCUCAAUUAAUUUAGCACAAAGAGUGUAUGCUGUCUCAUCGUGCUGUAGACAAUUGUAAUACAGAAUUUCAGAACAUUAAUGAUUGAUUUCACUAAAGCAUCAAUUGUUAAAUGUCAUUCUUUUAGAAAUACCGUACAAGGAUUCUUCAGCGGUGCUUAUAAUUUGAGUUUAAUUUGCCAGAUAUGAUGCCUCAUUGUCUCGUUGGAGAAGGCUUGAAGUUGUUGUACAGUGUUCCCACACUAAAUAAAAAAUACAAUUAAAAAAAAAAAGAUUUUCCAUGU